AUGAGUGAUGAUGGAAAUCAAGAACGUGAGACAAAAGAAGGAAAAACUAAGACAAAAGGAAAUACGGGUGGAACACUUUCACAAAUAUUUAUGAAAUCAAUGAGAAAAUCAGCUGGAAAAUCACGUGCUCCACUUCCAUUUGGAAUGAAUUCUGGUAAUAAUGCAUCAAGUUCUAAUAAUAAAGGAAAUCAUUUAAAUGCUCCUAAUGAAAGUACAUUUAUACUUUAUGGUGCAUCUGAUUCAACUAUAGUUUCAUCAUCUACAACAUCUAAUGAUUUUGAUGUUAGUACACUUAAUGAUGAUGAAGUACGAGAACGUUUUAAAUCUGUUAUGGAUGAUUUAUUGGAAGGAAAUGAAACAAAAAAGAAAAUGUUUGAACAAACAACAACAGCACAUAUGAGAGAAAUGCUUAUUUCACAUUAUAAACUUGCCACUAAUGAAAUGAGUGGUGCUAAAUCACCUGAAUAUCAAAUUCAAUGUUUAAAUAAUGUUACUAUUGAUAAUAUUUAUUCAAAAAAUAGUAAAGAAACAUUUGAACGUGUUGCAUUUUCAUUAAAAAAAUAUGGUUUAAAAUGGAGUAAAGUAUUUGGUGAAAAUUAUAAUGGUCCAAAUGCAAUGCUUAAAGCAAUGCGAGCAUGUAUCACUAAAAUACAAUAUACAAGAGAAAAAAUUAAUCGUGAUGGUGAUGAACGUCGUGAAAAACAAAGUACAUUAUAUGAAAUACUUGCUGCUGGUAUUGAAGCAUUUAAAAAUUAUCUUAAUCUUGGUUGGAAUUUUAAUUCCAUGAAAGAAUCACUUGCAAAAGAUAUAGCUGAAAUUACAAUUGAUGUAUUAAAUAUUUUAUAUUCGGAAAAUGAUGAACGUUCAAAUAAAACUAAACUUACAUGUGCGAUUCUUUUAUUUGCAUUGGCUAUGCCAAAUGAAAAUAAUCCUUCUAAUGGUCAAAAUAUAGUUCAACUUCUUUCAAAAUCUGCUCAAAAAUGGUGUCCUGGUCGUGAACGUUUUGAAUGUCUAAUUCAUGAACUUAAUGGAACAAUAGAAAUAGCUAGUAGUUUUUUAAUGUGUAUCAAUGCUAUAUUUGUUACAUUAUCAACAGAACAUCGAUAUCAUUUACGUAGUGAAUUAUUUCGUUCUGGUUUUAAAUCACGUUUUGAAGAAUUACAAAAACGAGUUAAUGAAUGUGAAGAUCCAAAACAAAAAGAUAAUUUAUUAACACAAAUUAAUUUAUUUCUUCAUCACAUUGAUGAUGAUUAUCAAUCAAUGAAUAUUAAACUUGAAUCAAUAUCUAAUACAUGGGCUGAUCUUCAAGCUUGUUUUGAUUAUUUAUAUGGUUUAGUAAAAAAUACUUCAUCAGAACCUAUACUUUCAAGUAUUAUUAAUCGACUUAUCUGUAUUCGAGAUGAUCAAGCUAUUCGUUUUUCUUAUCUUCGUUUAAUUGAUGAAUGUAUAACACGUAUUGUUUUUUCAAAAACAGCAUGUGAUCCUGAUUUUGAUACAUAUUCAAUGGAUAGUGAAUCAAUUGGAGAUUCUGGUCUAAGUUUAAGUGAUCAUCUAUCAUCAGUACGUAAUGGUUCAUUACAUGAUUUAUCACAAAUGGCUGGAAAUGCUGUCAAUAAUUUAACAGUAACAGAAAAUGAAAUACAAAUUAAUUUAAUGAAAGAACGUGUUGAACAUCUUGAAAAAACAAGAGAAAAAUUAACAAAAGCACUUGAAAAUAUUUUAAGCAAGGUCGAUACAGAAACAGCAAUUAAUUUUAAAAAACAAUACGCUGAUAUUUUUGGAGAAUCAAUAUCGAUUAUUGGAUCUGCUAGUAACAUUCCACCACCACCUCCUCUUCCAUCAUCAACAGGCAACAUGCCGCCACCACCGCCACCGAUGCCACCAUCAUUAGGAAAUAUUCCACCACCACCUCCAUUACCUGGUGAUUUAAUGCCACCACCUCCACCACCAGGAAAUAUUCCUCCACCACCUCCUCCUAUGCCAGGUCUUAUACCACCAGCACCUCCAAUGAUGACAGAAGGUGGUGUACCACCGCCACCUCCUCCACCAUUUCCAGGUAUGGUAGGUAGCGGAGGACCGCCACCACCACCUCCUCCACCAUUUCCUGGAAUGACCGGUAGUGGAGGUCCACCACCCCCACCGAUGAUGAACAUGAAUGCUCCUUCAUUUGGUCCACCACCAGUGCCUGAAUAUUUACCAAAAAAACAAAAAUAUGUUGUUGGUGAAGCUGUAAAAAAAGUAGCUUGGAAUAAAAUCAAUCCACAAUCAAUAAAAAAAGAAUCAAUUUGGGCAAAUAUUGAUGAAAAAAAUUUUCAAAAUAAAGCAUUUUUUACAACAAUUAAAGAAAAUUUUGCUACAAAAUCAGCUCCUAUUAAAAAUCUUGCUGAUAGUGAUAAUGAAUCAUCAUCAACAACAACAGCGAAAAAAACAAAGGAAUUUCGUGUACUUGAUCCACGUGCUGGUCAAAAUUUUGCUAUUAUGUUUAGUCAAUUAAAAUCAACUCCACAACAAUUUCGUCAAUGGCUUCUUGCUUGUGAUAGUGAACAUUUAACGAGUGAUUUACUUGCUCAAUUAGAUAAAUCAUUUCCUAGUCCAGAAGAAUUAAAAAAACUUUCAGAAUUAAAAAAUGAAAUAUAUGAUUUACCUGAUGCUGAACAAUAUUUUUGUGCUGUUAGCGAUAUAAAACGUUUACAACAACGUAUUAAAAUACUUCUAUUUAAAAGUCAAUACAAAGAAUUACUUGAAGAAACAGAAAAAAAUUUUGUUGCUGCACGACAAGCCUCUGAAACAGUUCGUCGUUCUAAACGUUUUCCAAAAUUAAUUGAACUUGUAUUAACAAUUGGUAAUUAUAUGAAUUCAAGUGGUAAAACAUAUGAACCAAUAUAUGGUUUUGAUAUUAGUUUUCUUCCAAAAUUACAUUCAACAAAAGCUAAUGAUGGUAAACGAACAUUAUUACAUUUUAUUAUACAAGAAAUUGAAAAAGAUCAUGCAGAUUUAUUAAAAUUUGGUGAUGAAUUUCAAGGUGUUGCUGAAGUAGCAUCAAAAAUUGAUACUAAUGAAUUACAAAGAAUAUUAAAUGAAAUAAAAUCACGUGUUAGUAGUGCACAAACAGAUUUAGAUAAUGCUAAAAAUGCAACAACAGAUUCAAUAUCAGGAGAUCGUUUUGCUCAAACAAUGGAAGGUUUUGUUAAAAUAGCACGAGAUGAUAUUGAAAGACUUGAAGUAUUAAAUACUAAAAUGACAAGUGCAUAUCAAGAUUUAUGUGAUUAUUUAACAAUUGAUCCUAAAAAAUGUCCAUUAAACGAGUUUUUUACUGAUUUAAAAACAUUUUGUACAGUAUUUUUAACAUGUCUACAAGAAAAUCGUCUAUGGCGUGAACAAGAUGAAAAAGCUAAACGUGCACAAAUGUCAAAACAACUUGUUGAUGAUAUACGAAAGAAACAUCGUGCAGAACCAAAAGCUGAACAAAAACCAUUCUUUAAACCAAGUGAUGAAGAUACUGAUGUUGUAUCAAAUCUUAUGUCUGUUCUCAAAGACGCUAAUAUGACUUCACAACCAAGACGAGUUCGUCGACCACCAGAAGUUGAAAUAUUUGGUGGAGUGUUGAAUGAAUUAAAUACUAAUCGAGUACAUCAACCAUCAUCUUCGGUUCGUGGUGAUGUUCGAUCUAAUCAUAAUCGUCCACCACCACCACCACCGCCACAUUCAUCUCAUGAUGGCACUCGACAAACACAGCAUCAAAUACCUCCACCUAUACCAGCACGAAAUCUUCGGUCUACUACUACUACUACGUCGUAUGCUGACGUCGUUGGUCGACUGAAAACGAACGAUCUUCGAACAAAAAUAAGCGAUCGUGAAAAUGCUAGAUAUUCAUCUGAUGACAAUAUAACAACAUCUCGUUCACUAGCUUCAUCUAUACUUAAAGAUCGAAAUUAUAUAUAA